UCCUCCCACGUGUACUUCCGUCGCCUCUUCGGACGAGUACUGUACGUCGUUGGAAGCCACUUUAUUACGUUCCGGAAUUGCAAGCGAGGAACCUGUCAAGGAUCGCGUUGGGACACAUUUGAACGAGACAAGUCCAGCGAUGGCUUCCCAAAUCCGGCAAAACUUUCACCAGGACUGCGAGGCUGCCAUUAACAGGCAGAUAAAUCUUGAGCUUUAUGCAUCUUAUGUUUAUCUCUCAAUGGCAUAUUAUUUUGAGAGAGAUGAUAAAGCCCUCCCAUAUUUUGCCAAGUUUUUUAGCGCCCAGUCCAAAGAGGAGCGCGAGCAUGCUGAGAAGCUGCUGAAUUUCCAGAACAAGAGGGGAGGGAGGAUUUUCCUGCAGGAUAUCAAGAAACCUGACCGAGAUGAAUGGGGAAGCGGCCUCGAGGCUUUGGAGUGUGCCCUGCAGCUGGAGAAGAGCGUAAAUCAAUCCCUGCUUCAACUCCAGGAAAUGGCGACGCAGCACGGCGAUCCACACCUAUGUGACUUCAUUGAGACGCACUAUCUCGACGAGCAGGUCAAGUCUAUCAAGCAACUUGCUGACUGGGUGUCGAACCUGCAGCGCAUGGGAGCGCCGCAGAACGGCAUGGCUGAGUACCUCUUUGACAAACACACCAUGGCUGAGGAGGCGACUUAAGCUACUCACGACUUCGUGUUCUCCCUCACUCAUGAUAUUUGGAGAGCACAAAGGAACGUGUUACGUGCUUAUCUGCGCUGUAAUACUUUAUUAUUUAUGCUGCUUUUUCACACGUUUUCACUAUGUUUCUCAAAAGGGUGUAUGACAUCCCAAUACACCUGCCCCGUAUCUCUGUCCGGUUGAUCCUUGAGAUGUGAAAUCAAAUCGUCUUUUGAGUUUGAGAGAUGGCGGAAGGGGUGGGGAAGAGAGAGAGAAACAUGCUACUUAUCUUGUUACACUUGAUUGUCCAUCCUACAAGCCCAAUUCCAGUGAAGUUGGGAUGUUGUGCUAAACAAAAAAAGAAUACAGUGAUUUGCAAAUCAUAUUGAACUUAUAUUUCAGACACGACAAAGACAAGAUAUUUAAUAUUCAAACUGAUAAACUUUGUUUUUAGCAGAUGACUUAGAUAAGAUUAAUUGAGAACAACAUCCCACAGGUGAACAGGCUAAUUAGGAACAGGUGGGUGCUAUAAUUGAGUAUAAAAGCUUCCCCGAAUUGUUCGGUCAUUCACAAGCAGAGAUGCGGCGAGGUUCACCUUUUCGUGAACUAGUGUGUUUUUUGGGGUUUUUUUUUUUGCAAUUGCAUGAAAUUUAGGGAUUUCACCAUGUACGGUCCAUAAUAUCAUAGAAGGGUUCAGAGAAUCUGGAGAAAUCACUGCAUGGAAGCAAGGCCAAAAACUAACAUGGACUCCCCGUGACCUUCGAUCCCUUCGGCGCCAUCACAUCAAAAACCGUCAUCAGUGGGUAAAGUGUGUUACCAUAUGGGCUCAGGAAGACUUCAGAAAACCAUUGUCAGUAAAUACAGUUAGUUACUAUAUGCAACGUAGAAGCCAUUUGCCCACAACACCCAGAAACGCUGCUGGCUUCCCUGGGUCCUUACUCAUCUAAGAUGGACUGAUGCAAAGUGGAAAAAGUGUUCUGUUGUCUAACAAGUCAAGUUGUUUUUGGAAAUUAUGGUUGCCGUGUCCUCCAGGCUGCAGACUAAUAGAACCAUCUGAACCAUUUAGGGAUGCAAAGUUCAAAAGCCAGCAUCUGUGAGGGUAUGGGGGUGUGUUAGUGCCAAUGGCAUGGGUAACUUACACAUCUGCGAAGGAACCAUUAAUGCUGAAAGGUACUUGCAGGUUUUGGCGAAACAUGCUGCCAUCCAAGCAACGUCUUUUUCAUGGAUGCCCCUUAUUUCAGCAAGACCAUGUCAAACAACAUUAUCAUAGGUUACAACAGCCUGGCUUUGUAGUAAAAGUACUAGUACUACUCUGGCCUGCUUCCAGUCCAGACCUGUCUCUCAUCGAAAAUGUUUGUGGUGCAUUAUGAAGUAUAAAACACAACAACAGAGAUGCCAGACUGUUGAACAGCUGAAGCUGCGCAUCAACGCUUUAGAAAUGAGUGUCCGCAGUUCCUAAAUGUUUAUUGAAUGUUAUUGAAAAAAAAUGUGACCCUGACCCAGCUUUUUUGAAACAUGUUUCAAGCCAUAAAAUUCCAAGUUAAAAAUUAUUUGCUAAAACAACCAAGUUCAUCAGUUCAAACAAAUAUGUUUUUAUUAAAUUAAAUAUAGGUUCAACAUGAUUUGCAAAGCAUUGUAUUCUGUUUUUAUUUAACUCAACAUCCCAGCUUCAUUGGAAUUGGGUUAGUAAAUCACGACUAUUUGUGUUCUAACAAAGUUAUUAUCAAGAUGUCAGUUAUACACUUAACACACAAGUGUUAUUAAAAAACAUGAGAUUCACAGAAUAUUUUUCUGUUUAACGAAAAAAUCAAUAGAUCAAAGUUUGGAAGUAAAUAAUAUUAAAAAUGCUAAAUUUUCUGGAAUAUUUUUGCCUGUUCUAAUAAACUGGGUUCAUAUUUAUUGUACACCUCUACGACCACAAUGGUCAUAUCACACUGUACGUUGGUCUGGAGCUGUACAGACAGUUUCUCCAAACUAAGUGUACAUAUCGUUUCCCUGUAUGAAGCAAAUAAAACCACAAAAAAAUA